UGUUAUUGGUUUAAAAGAGGGAUCCAGGGGGCGGUGUUGAAGUUAGAGGACAGGUUCAAGAUGGCGUUGUUUAGGAGCUUGGUUCAGUCUGGCAGGAGCGUAGUCUCUGUGACACUGAGGAGGGAGUUUCACAGGACAUCGCCGGCUUCUUUGCAGGUGACUGUUCGUGAUGCUUUGAACCAAGCAAUGGAUGAAGAGCUGGAGAGGGAUGAACGUGUGUUUCUGCUUGGUGAGGAAGUAGCACAGUAUGAUGGCGCUUAUAAGGUUAGCAGAGGACUGUGGAAGAAAUAUGGGGACAAACGUAUAAUUGACACUCCCAUUACUGAGAUGGGUUUUGCUGGCAUUGCAGUUGGUGCUGCUAUGGCUGGCUUGAGGCCUAUUUGUGAGUUCAUGACCUUCAACUUCUCAAUGCAAGCCAUUGAUCAAGUUAUAAACUCGGCUGCCAAAACCUACUACAUGUCUUCUGGUAUACAGCCUGUCUCCAUUGUGUUCCGUGGACCUAAUGGAGCUGCUGCUGGGGUGGCAGCCCAGCAUUCCCAGUGUUUUGCAGCUUGGUAUGGGCACUGCCCUGGUCUGAAGGUGCUCAGCCCUUGGAAUGCUGAGGAUGCCAAGGGUCUGCUGAAAUCGGCUAUUCGAGAUGAUAAUCCAGUGGUGUUCUUGGAAAAUGAGAUGAUGUAUAGUGUACCGUUUGAGAUGUCUGAAGAAGCCCAGUCCAAGGACUUCCUCAUACCCAUUGGAAAGGCUAAAAUAGAAAGACAAGGAUCCAACGUUACACUAGUUUCACACUCUCGGUAUGUGGGUCAUUGUUUGGAAGCUGCAGCUGUUUUGGCAAAAGAAGGUAUUGAGUGUGAGGUCAUUAACCUUCGCAGCAUUAGACCUCUGGAUAUGGAGACUGUUGAAAACAGUGUGAAGAAGACCAGCCAUCUAGUGACUGUAGAGGGGGGAUGGCCACAGUUUGGAGUGGGAGCUGAAGUUUGUGCCAGGAUCAUGGAAGGUCCAGCCUUCAACUACUUGGAUGCUCCUGCCAGCCGAGUAACAGGGGUAGACAUCCCCAUGCCCUAUGCCAAGAUCUUGGAGGACCACAGUGUACCUCAGAUAAAGGACAUAAUAUUUGCAGUGAAAAAGACCCUGAAUGUCUAAGUACAGUGACAGACUUCAUCUUUGCAUUGUUUUGGUGACACUAGCACUUAGUACAUCUUGUUCUUCUGUUCUUUCAAAAAGAACAUCUUGUAAUAUGCAGAAAGGACAGUUUUAAACAGUCCUGGUAUGUCCUUUUGUAUGGAUUCAAUCUGUACUCUUGCUUCUGUGCCAUUUUGGGUUCAAAACCUGGAGUCUUCAGUGUUUUCUUGCACCAUAUCUAUCUUUUUCUCCUUAAACUAUUUAAGCGCACAGGUUAAAGGUGUGGUGCUGGCAAACUAAAAUCUUGAACAAUAUGGGGAAAAAUCAAAUUAAAAGAUGUUAAUGCUCCA